AGUCCCGCAAAGAAACGCCAGUGGAUAAAAGAGAAAUUACGGAAAAGCUAAAGAAUAAGAGUAAAAGCUGGUUUUGAUUAUCACAUUGCAUUGCCAAACAGCUUUUGGGGAUAUGAACACCGUUAUUGGCACAGACGAUUCAGAAAAUCUGCAAUAAAAUCACACUCUUAGUCAGUGAUUUCAACAGUCAGGAUCUGGUUCUACAAGAGAUCAGUGGAUUUUUCAGAGACUGGGGCUGAAAUUCCCUGAAAAUUAAUUUCUUGCAUCUUUAUCGAAAUGAAUUCAGACUCGGUUGCAAUGACAGAUCUCAGUGAAAAGAUGCAUAAACCGGAGACAGUGUGCAUCUUUGGAACGGGUGAUUUUGGAUGCUCACUGGGGCUCCGUUUGCUCCAGUCAGGAUACAAUGUUGUGUAUGGAUCCAGGGGCCCUAAAAACUCUCUGUUGCUGCCUAAGGGGUCAAAUGUCAUGACUCAUGCAGAAGCAGCUUGUGAAGCUCGUGUGGUAUUCGUGGCUGUGCAGAGGGAGCACUAUGGAUUUUUGAGCUCCCUGGCUUCAGAUCUUGAGGGAAAGGUGCUGGUAGACGUCAGCAAUAAUCUCAGAAGGGGUCUGUACCCAGAAUCCAAUGCAGAAUACUUGAGCAGGCUGGUUCCAGGGGCGACGGUAGUCAAAGCUUUCAACAUCAUCUCUGCCUGGGCACUGCAGUCUGGAGGACUAGAUGCCAACAGACAGGUACUUCUCUGUGGAGACUGUUCUAAUGCUAAACAGCAAUUGAUGGACAUUGCUCAAAGUCUCGGUUUCACUGCCGUGGACAGAGGCUCUCUCCGGGCGGCUGCUGAUUUAGAAGAUCUGCCCUUGCAACUCUUCCCUCUCUGGAGACUUCCUCUCAACAUUGCCAUUUGUUUAACAGCUUUCAUAUUCUUCUACACGCUCACAAGAGAUGUUAUCUAUGAGCGUGUUACCAAUGGUAAAGACAUCGCUUUUCGAAUUAUGGUCUCGCUGGCCAACAAGGCCUUUCCCAUCGUCUCUCUGGUGAUGCUGUCCUUCUGUUACCUGCCGGGCGCGUUGGCUGGAUUUCUGCAACUUUAUAAUGGCACUAAGUACCGUCGCUUCCCUGAUUGGUUGGAUCGCUGGAUGCUGUGCAGGAAGCAGCUGGGUCUGCUAGCGCUGGCCUUCGGUUUUCUACAUGUUCUCUACACUUUAGUUAUACCCAUCAGAUACUAUGUACGCUACAGGAUAAAUGUCUACACUAUAUCACUGGUAAAAGAUAAUAAAACCUAUGAGUUUGACAACAUGGCAGCCUGGCGUUAUGACUCCUACUAUUCCAUGGGAAUUCUUGGAUUUGGGCUGUUUGUCCUACUAGGAAUUACAUCCCUUUCAUCUGUGAGCAAUUCCCUAAACUGGAGGGAGUUCCGUUUUGUACAGUCUAAACUAGGCUACAUCACCCUGCUGCUCUGUACUGCUCACACAUUUCUGUAUGGCUGGGACAGAUUUUUGAAACCGUCAUCAUAUAGGUGGUGGAUGCCUCCAGCAUACAUGUUGUCUCUUGUGGUCCCCUGUGUGGUUCUGAUUCUAAAGCUAAUCCUGAUCACCCCAUGCGUGGACAGCAAGGUCACCCGUAUCCGUCAAGGCUGGGAGAGACAGGGCAAGACUUCAGCAAACGGCAGAGAUACAAAGACAAACCAACCACUCAUGGCGUAGCCAUCUUUAAACUUUAUGAAAACUGUGUGUUGGACUUGCCCCGAACUCUACUGCUGAAAGUGCACAGAACUAAGACUUACUUGAGCAACUGACUUUGGACUUGACUUGGGCUCAAAAUAGAGACAACAUACAUCUUUAGGUCUACAAGAAAAGGAGAAAUAUUUCCUCCUAAUACAGGCAUUGAGCCUCAUUUAUGAAACAUUCGUAAUAUGAGUAAAUUCUAAUUAAUUUACGCGUGAAACGGACCUUCCCGAAAACUCUCCUCCGGAUUCACAAAUACUUUGUAAAGGUCAGAUUUGAUAGUUAAAUGUGUGUAUGUUAUUGAAUUCCAACCAUUCAUAAAUAGGGCACGCAUGCACGCUCAUUCACAAUUAGCAUAGGCCUAUUCCCUGCAUAUGAAUUACAGCUACAUAAAUUACGUAUCUAGGAAUGGUGUGGAAUCCUUUGAACUCAAUUCUCAGGUUUAGCAAGUUAUAUUGCAUAAAUGCAUAAGAGACUAAUAGGCUAUAUGCCUAACAAUAAAUGAAUAAAAUAACGUGUGUCCACAAGAGCAUUUUUAGCCAGCUGACAUAGCCUAAUGCCUGGUGCUCUUCUGAAAACAACCAGCUGGUGGUGCUUGAGAGAGCUUUGGAGGCACUGCAUUUUUCUGGAGUGACGCGUUGUUUGCUAUGAUUUGGAAUAUUCACGGCAGUAACAUGUUACGAGUAUCUUAUUUUGAAGAAUAUUACUGAAUAUAAAAAUGCAGUAACCAGCAAUAUUAACUUCUCCAUUGUUGUGUUGUACAAGUAUGAUGGUUGGUCAAUGUAGUGGUUGUCCCGUCCCUCCUGAUUGGACGGCUGUGUAAAAAAGGACAGUGACGAGCUCUGCGUUUUACAAAAAGUUAAAAAGUAUAAACCGAAAAAAGACAGGGCAAAUUAACUUGUUAAAUAUCAUUACGAUACAUAGUGCAUAAAAAUGCAGUGUCAUCAGUUUGUCUAAAAGAAUACAGAACGUUUGAAUGUUUUAUGCACCAUUUACA